AUAUAUUAAUUAAAUAAAAAAGCUGAUAGUAGAAUAUCAAAUAUGUAAUUACAAUGAAAAAAUGUUUAAAUAUUACUAAACAUUUCAUAAAUUAUAAGUUGAACGCGUAUAUAUAUAAUAUAUAUAUAUAUUAUAUUAUAUAUAGAUGCAUACAAAUACCAUCAAAUGACAAUAUGUGAUAUAACCUCUUUUUUCGUAAAAGGUAAGAAAAAAUAUUAACGAAUGAAGGAAUUGAAAAUAUACUAGAUGUUGAAAUGGAAGUUUUAUUAUAAUAUUAGUAAGAUGCUAUCUUUGAUUAGAUAUCUAAAUAAUCGUAAAUUUUUGAGUCUUAUUUGUAUUCCUAUUGCUGCUGUUGGAUAUUAUAUAGAAGGACUUCUAUCUGAUCGUUAUACACCUCCAACUGCACCAAUAAUGGAACAACGUGAAGAAAGAUUAUUAGCUAAUAUGAAUUCUAUGCCUGAUGAAAAAAGGCAUUCUCCAUUGGAAAUUAAUCUUCCACCAUCAUUAUCUGUAUAAUUAUUAGUAUAAACUAAGUAUAUGAUCAGAAAAAUGUAUAAUAUAAAGAAAAAAUUUAAUUCCAAUCAUAUAAAACCAAAAAUAUAAUUUUAAUAUAUGAUUAUUAUAUUUUAUUAAUAUGAUUUAAUAAAAAUUAGUACAAUAAUUAAUUUCAUCAAUAAGAAAAUUAUGAAAAAUUGAUAUAUUUUUUUAAACAAUUAUUCCAAAUUUGUAUACAACAGUAUGAUGAUAAAUUUUUCCAGGUUCAAGUAUACUAUUAGGAAAAUUUUCCUACAAAUAAUACAAAAAUAUUAGUUUAAAAUAUUUGUAAAUUUUAAUUAAAUUGUCUUAAAUCAACAA